AUGAUCCAUCAUAUCAUCACUGAUAAGAAUCAUAUUGAUAGUCGUCGACCGUUAUCAAUAAACAUUCCUACAAAUAAUCAAAUCGUACAAGACGCUUACGACUAUGAAAUGAAGAAAUUGAUGGAGCGUGAACGUCGAGUGAGAGCUGUACAACAGCAAAGACCUAGAGAUAAUAUUUUAGCUCAACCACAAAAUACUCCAUAUGUACCACCGACGACUGAUGAAAUCUAUGAAUAUGUACAAGAACCACAAGCUGCACCGCAACUUGAUCGACGACUACUACCACAAACAUCAGCAGCUGUGCCGUCUCAAUCAUCACCAGUGAAACCACUUCGUAUCGUUAUUAUUCGUCAUGCUGAAAGAGCUGAUGCUGUUUUAGGUUCUGAUUGGUCAAAGAAAAGUUUUGAUCGAAAUGGUCGUUAUGUACGAUUCAGCGAACAUUUGCCAGACGCACUCCCAACUCGUUCCUACUUGCAUCAUUAUGUUAUUGAUGUACCAUUAACAAAUCGUGGUCGUAUGCAUGCUUUGAAAACAGGUAAAACAUUAUUUACUAAUGGAUACGCCGCUGAUAUCUGUUAUACAAGCCCAUCGUUACGAUGCGUACAGAGUGCUAAUGGGAUUUUAACUGGUAUGAGUAGAAAAAGUGUACCUAUGCGUUUAGAGCCGUGUUUAUUUGAAUGCUAUUUAAAUGAUUUCAAACGUACGUUAUGUUUUAUGACAAAAGAUGAACUAGCAACUAACGGCUACAAUAUCGAUAAAUCCUAUCAGGCUUUUCUACCAUUCAUGAGACCACAUGAUAGUCAAGUGGAUUAUUAUGAACGAUGUCAAACAAUUAUGGAUAUUAUUACAGAACGACAUCAAGCUACAGGUGGAACUAUUUUAAUAGUAGCGCAUGCACCGAGUCUCGAAGGAUUGACACGUCAUUUAUCAGGUGGAAAAUUUCAGCCAGAGAAACUAUUCGAUAUUGCCCGUCGAGUUCCAUUUCUUGCAAUGACUAUAUUAGAGAAAAAUGGUAUUAAUAAUCCAUGGCUAUUUCGUACACGAGCACUUCAAACGCAGCUAAUACGCGAAGAGGCAUCUGCAUCAGCAAGACCAACAACGCCUGUAAAUGUGACGGGCCAGAACUUUUUAGUGAAUUCGAAAGAGCAACGCUCUCAUUAUCAACAACCACCAACUACGAAUCAUCAAAAUUCGCCUCAAAUUCAACCAACUACCGCAUAUGCACAACAGAAUCUUCCACACAUUGAAAAUCAGCAAUACCAAACUGCACCUAAUGGUCCUUUUACAAUUGAUUUAAAAAAAAUUGUUAAAAGCUCAACAGCACCGAAUUUACGCGUGAACAAUUCACGUAAUGAAAUGUUUCGUGUUAUUUAA